UUGUGCAAAUAAACACACACAUAAAGAGAAAAUAUACGUUGAUACACCAAAUGAAAUAAAAAUGGUGAGACAUCUUCUAAAUUUGUUGUUUCUUCUAUUCGCUCAAAUUGUUCCAAGUGGACGUUCAUUAGAACAAGAUGUAUGCAUGCAAAACGAAGUUGUCUUAAGAUGUCCAAACAAGAAGUCUAUUUGUAUAUAUCAAAUAUUCUACAAUUCAAAAUGGAAUGAUUUUGGCUGGAUGCCUUCUAAAUCGAUUGUUUGUACAACAUUGGAUGACACAUGGAGUGAUUGCCAAUCCGUAAUUUCCUACACACACCUACAGGACCAGUGCAUGGCGACAGAUACAUGUACCGUGGUAAUGGACUACAAUCCAUGUUUUUCAGAACCUUUGGUGUAUGCUACAAUAUACUAUUCAUGCAUAGAUCCAAGAUAUGAACACGUUUAUCCACUGAUUAAAUACUACGACAGUAGAGUACCUCAUAUUACAUCUACACAUGUACAGAAUCCUGAUAAAUCAACUCCUCAUUUGCAUAAUCAAAAUGAUGAUGACGACGAUGGCGGCGACGGCGACGAGAACGACAACGAAAGCCAAAGCAGCAAAUCAUUAAAAAUUGGACUAGGAACAGCUUUAGGCAUUACAUCGAUAAUAGCAGUUAUUGCUCUGAUUUGCAUUCUUAAAUACAGAAGGAACAAACCUGAGCAAAGAUCAAUCCCUACGCCUUGCAGCAAUCAAGUGAAUUAUGGUUAUAAUCACGGCUUUCAAAACCAAAGGGCAUACCAGAUUUCAGUUUCCAAUCCAGGAUACAGUCAAACAAUACCGGAUAUAGUCGAUAUAGCUAACGAUAGCAGUUAUGCUCUUCCUUCAUAUGAAGAAGCAGUCGGAAACCUGUAUGAAGAUGUGAAUUAUAGAAGUUCAACUCCAACAGCACCAAAAGGGCCAGAGUGACUCAAAUGAAUUAUCUAAAAACAACGGUUGCAACUAUUUGCUAAUUUACCCUUUACAUGGACUUUGUAAUAAAUGAAUUAUUAGCGUUUAAACAAUGAGGUUUAUAUGAAGAUUAUUUGAAAAUCAAAUACAUUUACUUCCAUACGAGAGAUGUAUUUGUUGGUAUUAUCAUCCCGGUAGCUUUGAUAACUAUUUACAUAGAAUGUUCACUCUUCCAGGAGACCUUUAGUCUUAACUAAAAGGUAAAAGUUAAUUUGUAUUGUUUAUAUAUAUAUAUAUUUUAUGUUCAACCCAAAUAAAUAUUCUUUUCUGAA